AUGGAUGAUGCUACGACCUGGACAUCUCCGACGCACGAGACAAAUCCUUCCGCUGCGUCGACACGAACUUACCGUAUGAAGCCUUACGAAGGUAUCGCUGGGUCACCGAAGUACGCUUCACAGUGCAACCACAUCGGUCAAGAAGGAGGUGCUGAAGCUGCACAUGGGUCUCAGUUGCUGAAUCUCGAUGUGAUCGUGUCCCUAGGGGUUGACAGUAUCCAAGCGUGUUGCAACGCGUGCGCCCGCACCAAGCUCUGCAUUGCAUUCACCUUCCGACCACUCUUGUGCGUGUUGGCACGUUUGAAGGACGACAAAGUGGCGGGUCAGCCUGGCUUGAAUGAUCUUUUGAGCCUGACUAAUGUGUGA